CGUAAGGAAUUAACGGAGACAGACACAAGGCUAAAGUAUUCGCCUGCUACUAUGUUGCUGGCACAGGGCUACUUCGUUUUGGUCCUCGCCGCGUUCCACAGUGGGAUGCGCGCGGUGGCGACUGUGGUGGAGGACUUCAACCACGUGGAAAGGUGCAAAGAUUCGCUGUACAUGGGCACCCCGCCUCGCGGAAUCAUCGACUUUAAACUGAAAAAGAUCUGCCAGCGGUACGCCGACAAACCCCGUUACGUGACGUUGUACGACCCCCAGAAACGCAUCCCAGUGUACUCGGCGUACACCUUCAAGAAGACGGAGGGGGACCGUCGUGUGGACUACCCGUGGAUGUACGAGCCUCAGCUCGCGGAGACCGAUGGGAACGGGAAUAUGAUGCCUUUCCCCCAAGGCUACCUGCAUAUGAAGUUUGAAGACAGCCAGGCGGUUCUGGACGACUACUCCGACGUGGUUCUUUACGAGCGUGGCCACCUGAACCCCGACCAACACCAGUCCGACCCACACGACCGAGCUGCAACCUACACGCUUACCAACGUAGUACCAGAGAUCCGUGAGUUCAACAUCGGUCCCUGGCGAGAGCACGAGGAGCGAAUCCGGGUCCGUCUCAACAACUUCUGCCGCGGCACUGCCUACAUCGUGACCGGGGUAACCACGGCUGGACACAUGAUCCGCCGCAACAACCAGGACCGAGUGGGCAUCCCAGAGGACGUGUGGAGCGCGUACUGCUGCACCGAAUACGACCGCAACGCACCCCACGACGUGCGCGUGCGUUUCCCCUCGCACGCCGCCCUUGCGAAGAAUUCUAAGGAGAACAACAAAGUGCAAGAGCUCACGGUCCAGGACCUGGAGAAUUACCUGAAGAACAAGAUGGACGUGGACCAAAACCUCCAGAUGUUCUAUGACAACUGCAUCUCCCCCUCGCCACUCCCACAGUACCUGCACCGCACCAUCUGAAACACACCACACGGUGUGCUUACAAACGGUCCAAUCGCCUGCUUUAUACUUUCGUUUCCCCUGCUUAACAAUGUUAUAAAUUUAUAUUUCAAUGUGUUUUAAUACUUGGUUACCCUCAUUCACACUUAUUCUUUUAAAAUGUUG